UUCCACAUUUCCUCCACUCCCGUCCAUCACAGUUCAGGCUUCACACAGUUUUAUAAUCUUGAGAAUUAGGGUUAGGGUUUCUCAUCUCCCCGCCCCAGAAAGCGAAGCCGAGAAACACCCUAAACCACACCCACAUUCGCUCUCUCCAUGGCAACCAAGGGCCCGUCUUCGCCGACGCAGCAUCAGCAAGGUGGCUCGGCCGCAAACAAGCCAGGGUUGAGAAAACCGGUAUUCGUGAAAGUCGACGCUCUGAAGCCAGGAACCACUGGUCACACACUCGUAGUUAAAGUGGUAAACUCCAACACUGUUCUCAACAAGAAGCCCCGAAACCCGACCUUUCGUGGGCCUCAAAACCAGAACACAAGGAUCGCCGAAUGUCUUGUCGGCGACGAAACUGGGACUAUUCUAUUUACCGCUCGCAAUGAUCAAGUUGAGUUGAUGAAGCCUGGUAAUACCGUGAUACUUAGGAAUGCAAAGAUCGACAUGUUCAAGGGGUCCAUGAGGCUGGCUGUGGAUAAGUGGGGCCGUGUUGAGGUUGCUGAACCUGCAAAUUUUGUGGUCAAAGAGGACAACAACCUGUCGCUAGUAGAGUAUGAGUUGGUUAACGUCGUUGAAGAAUCUUGAAAAGUUCCUAUGCAAUAUUGAUGCUAUUGGAGUUCUAUUUACUUUGUUGGGUCUUGGUAUACAAAUUUCUCUGAUUAGCUUUUUUCCCCCUAAUUAAGGUAAUUAGCAUGUGAUAGGACUAAUCUAAUUUUGCCUUUAUUGGUUGGUGUAUAAAGAGCUUGUCCCUUGAGUCCGCCAUAUAUAGUGCCUCUCGAUUCUCAAAUGUGGAAAAGCAAAUUUUUUUAGGUCUCUUAGUUGAUUUAUUGUCUCUAUCUCUUUAAUUCUUUGUGCA